AUGAAUGCUCUCACUGUGAUUUUGAUCUUCACAUUUUGCAUCAUCACUGCCUUUUCACAUGCAAUGCCAACAGCCACUAAGCCUAAACCCAUCGAAUCUUUCAAGCUCAACCAAACCCAGCAGCAGAAAGAGGGUGGUAGCUGUAGUUACACGCUCACCAUAAAGACAAGCUGCAGUUCUUAUAUGUAUACUACUGAAAUCAUCGGUGUUUUAUUUGGUGACGCCUAUGGCAAUCAGGUUUAUGUUCCAAGUCUUGAUGGUCCUAAUUUAGGGACGUUCGGGCAGUGCUCUACGAAUACGUAUGAAAUAUACGGACCAUGUACCUUCCAAAUAUGUGAUCUGUACCUAUACAGGACUGGAGAUGAUGGUUGGAUACCAGAGACAGUGACCGUAUAUGACUACGCAUACGACCCUAUUACAUUUUACUACAACAUUAAUAUUCCUGACGAUGAUGGCUAUGGCUUUGACUACUGUCAUGGUGUUUAG